UUAAUGACGCUUUUCAGUGUUUCACAAGGUGAAUAAACAGAGUAAUUUAAAGUUAUGAUGUAAAUUUCGGGUUUUUUAAGCAGUACCUAAAUAAGUUUUAUAAGCAAUACUUCUGCCAAUUACAUUGAAAUACAGGGCACAUUUCUGAAUAGUUGGAAGUGAAGAGUGAAACUGUGAGGACAUUUUCCUUAGAAAAUGGCUAUUUUUGGAGUGAUUUUGUGGGCUAUUCUCGUUAUUUUGAUUUUAUAUGGAGUUCUAAAGAAAUAUUUGAAAAAUUAUUGGACAUCUAAGGGAGUGUCCUACAUCGCGGGACCUCCACUAAUUGGUGUUCUUAAAGAUGCUGUGCUGACUAGGACAAGUUUUGGCCAACUCUUUAUCGAUAUGUACAAUCAUCCUAAAACUAGGAAUGAUCCAGUGACAGGAUUUUACUUUUUUCACAAAGCAUGUCUCCUAAUUCGUCAGCCUGAACUUUUUAAGAGAAUGUUGGUAAAAGAUUUUGCCCAAUUUCCUGAUAGGCGAAUGGCUGCUGAUCCAGAAAGUGAUCCCAUCGGGAUGAAUACUUUAGUGAAUGUUAAGGGAGAGACUUGGAGAAAUAUAAGAAAUCACAUUACGCCAGUUUUUACCGUUCAUAAACUCAAGAACUUCUUUCCACUCUUGAUUGAAGUCUGUCAAGAUUUUGAGGCCAAAUUAGCUGAAGAUAUACCUUCGCAGGGUUCAGUGGAAAUCAAUGUGAAGGAUCUGGCAGGACUUUAUACCGUUGAAACUAUUGCAACUUGUGCUUUUGGUGUUAAAGCAAAUUGUUUUCACAAUCCGCAAUCGGAUUUUCUGGAGAAGGCCAAAAGAGUUGUAGAUCCAACAGACUUUAAAAGGGUCAUUGAACUUGCAGCCUGUUUCUUCUUCCCUGAACUAGCUGGCGUAUUAAAGCUGAAAUUCUAUUCGAAGGAGACAGAUGAAUUUCUAAGAAGUGCUAUUUUGGACGUAAUGGGCGAGAGGGAAAAGAGUGGCGAGAAGAGGCAUGAUUUAAUUGAUGCUCUCAUCACAAUGAAAAAUACCCAGAAAGAAAUUUUUCAUACUGAUGCACUAAUUGCACAGGCGGCAGUAUUUCUGGCUGCUGGAUAUGAAACAUCUUCUUCAGUGCUGUCCUUUGCACUUUACGAAUUGGCACGCAAUCAGGAGAUUCAGGAGAAGCUGAGGAGGGAGCUUUUGGAACAUCAAGAGACCCAAAAAGAAAUGACUUACGAUUCUUUCACCAAUUUGGAAUAUCUUCAUAUGGUUUUUCAAGAAACUCUACGAAUGUAUCCCAGUGUUCCUUUCCUGGAGCGUACUUGUCAACCUGCUGAAGGACAUGAUUCCUAUUCCCUGGAACCUUACCAUAAAUUUUCUAUUCCGCGUGGAAUGCCUAUCUACAUUCCAGUGAUUGCUGUCCAAAGGAAUCCAAUGUUUUUCCCAAAUCCUUUGACAUUCCAUCCAGAGCGCUUUGCCGCAGACGCAGAUACACCCAUUGAUUACAAUCUUGUGAUGGGUUUUGGACAUGGACCGAGAAAUUGUCUAGGAUCUCGCUUUGGCAUGCUUCAAGUUAAAAUGGCUCUUGCCACAAUUCUUCCCAAAUAUAGAGUAUCAGUCUGCAAGAGGACUCCAGAGACGAUUGUUUUUAAUAAAAAGAGCGUGCCGUUGUUUUCCGAGGAUCCCAUCAUCCUCAAUUUUACAGAAAUUUAAAGAAACUUGUAGGUUUCACAGGUUGAUGAGAAAUAUUUCAUGCUAUAGCAAAGGGAAUGUGGAAUAAAAUAAAUAAAACAAAUGUUUUCUUUGGAAAAUAA